AUGACUAGAAGGGCGAACAUGCGUUUGCUACCACUUUUGGUCGCCGCUGCUGCGUCUCCCUGCGAACGCGCGUUCGAGGCCGCCGGCGCCCGAAACGGCUGGGUCACCGGAUCAAGUGUGAGGGCCUACUGCGAGCGCGAGGGACUCAUGCGGAGUUUGGGCCGCGAGACGUUGGCCCGCGUGUGGGCCCAGGUCGACGACGCCAGAGACACGCGCGGUAUCCAGGUCGAGACGUUCUGCCGCUUCCUGCGGCUGCUCGAGUCGGCACGCGCUUUACCGGGGCCCGAUGAUCCGGCGCGCGCCCUGCCGGAGCCCUCGGCGCCGGCGGACCACGAUCUGCAGUCUUUGCCCCUCGCCGUCAACGACGUCUGCUAUCGCGCCUGCCGGGACGGCUCGAAACCCUCGGUUUUGCGGCGCGACGACUGCCCGCCCGGCACCGCCUGCCGCGCCACGCAGCCGCCGGGCGUCUACCUCGACAAUUGCCUCGCGCCCGACACGUGCCAGGCGCGGAGCGACGCCGCGCCGGUCCGGAACGCGUCGGGCGCGCCCGGCUCGGGCAGCGCCGUGGCCUGCACUAGUACCUCCGAUCCCCACCUGCGGAAGUUCGUGGGCCUGCGGUGCUGCCGCGACCGCGCGACGCGCCGACCCUACACGAUCCACGUCGGCCACGCGUCCGGCGGCUUCCGCGGCCUGACCCACGCGGCCAUGUACGAGCCCGCGCGCGAGACGCUGCGGCGGGGCUUUUUGGCGCGCGCGGACGAGUGCGGAUAUACAGUGGCGACCUACCUCGGCCCGCUGAAGCCAGAAACGCUCCGCGACGGCGACGUCGUCAUUUCGAUGGGAACGAACGGCCCCUAUUGGUGGGGCUUUGCGAAAGUCGCGAACGACCUCCGCCAGCGGCCGAUCGCGUUCAUCAACUACGAGACGGAGCCCGGAGGGCUACCGGCGAAGAAGGUCGGCAUGCUGCUGCCGCGGCAUCAUGGGCGGAGUUUAAGACGCGGGCCCGGUGGCAUGAUGACGGAGAUCUGGUCGUACGCCUUCUCGCACGGCGCGAAGGCCAACCGUAUUAAAAUAGUGCCGCCCGGCUUUCUGGAGCGCUUUCCGAUACCGGAGACGGAGCCGGGGCCAGUCCGCACUUUUAAGUGGCUGGGGAUGGCGGGCCGCUGCAUGGACCGCCUGCCUCCCGAUGUUAGGCGCCGCGUCUCCGAGACCUACGGCGUGCGCACUUUGUCGGAUUGGCAGAGAACGAUGGCCGCGAAUCACACGGUGUAUUUGAACCUGCACAAGGAGCACUGCAAGGGCGGCCGGCCGUCGCGAGACCUACCCGCGGAGUACUUCCGGUUGUCCGCCAUAGUGUCGGCCGGCGGCCUCGUGGUCUCGGAGCCGUCGUACCCGGUCGACGAGGCGGCGCUCAAAGACAUCGUCGUCUUCGAGCCCUCUAUUUACGACAAGGCGGGCGGCUGGAGCGCUUCUACCACCACCCUCCUCGCCGACGGCGCGCGGCUCCGCGCGUGGCGCGACCAAGCCCUCGCGGCGUACCGGAGCCGCUUCGACCCCGUCGCGCUUCUGCGGCAGGCCGACGCGUGGAACGAGCGGCCGCGCGGGGAUUUGUGA